GGCCGGGCUGCGCCCUACUUUGUGGCCGAGCUCGCCGCAGGCCCCAGCGCGCUGUCCCCACUGGCCCCUCAUCCUGGCCUUGAUGGGCCUUCGGGAGCCAACAAGCGGGGCACCCCGCAGCCGCUGUCGGGCCCUUGCCGGCGAGGUUGGCUACGGGGCGCCGCCGCCUCCCGCCGCCUGCAACAGCGACGCGGGACCCAGCCCGAAUCCCGCACCGGCGACGACGAUCCGCACCGUCUCCUGCAGCAGCUCGUGCUCUCGGGGAACCUCAUUAAGGAGGCGGUACGGAGGCUUCAUUCGCGACGGCUGCAGUUACACGCAAAGCUUCCCCAGCGCCCGCUCACGGGGCCUCUGUCGGCCCCGGUGCAUGAGCCGCUUUCACCCCGCAGCCCUCGCGCGGCCUGCAGCGACCCCGGCGCGUCCGGGAGGAGGGCGCAGCUCAGAACUGGCGAUGGCGUUCUGGUACCUGGCAGCUAACACCCCGGAGUGGCCACAGCGCCAGCCUCUGCCUGGAGGGCAAGGGAUUCCACUGAGGGCUGCAUCCGUAUUCAGACUGGUGUACUAGCGCAGUUGGGAAAGGGAAAAUAAGCUAAUGCAGACGAGGAAUGGAAAAGCCGCGAAUAUUUCCUCGGGGAAUUAAUGGAGGGCCCUAAUGCGUUUGAAACAGAAGUUGGCUGGCCCUGUUUGUGAGGCAGAACACAGAGCGCACUCCACGCUCACAUUCAGUAGGACUCCUUAUUUGGCGUGACCAGCCCCGGCGGUGCAGCUUGCAGUCCCACGCAGCCUCUCGUGGGCCCUCCAGCCCGGCGACCAUGUGGCCCCACUCCACGCUUCUCACGAUCUCCGAGCGUCUGAAAGACGCGGAUGAUCCUAGUUACUUACUUUUACCUUUUCAGGGCUGGUUCCUGAUCCCACUUUUGAGGAGGGGAACAUGAGUAGACGGUCAUUUCAGGGAGAACCUCAAACUGCCAGACUUGAAAAUUUGUGACUCUUAAAAAAAACCCAUCUCAUGUCUUUCGGUGCUGGUUCUUAAUACAAAACACGCGGUACCAUGAAAAUACCUUUUUGGGAGUUGAAUAGGAGUAACGUUUUCUCUGUCUCCCGUUUUGCAACUGGCAACUCGGCGUGGCAGGGAAAGGUCGUGUGCGAGACGGGGACUGGAGGCGGGUGCGGGCGGUGCUGGGGAAGGGGUAAAUUGGUACAUGGAGUGAAUCUUCUCUAAAAUACUUUCACAGCCCGCCCUCCUCGGGCUCAAGGUCACGGUUUCCUGAGCGCAGGCAGGGUUCCGGGACUCCAGUAGAGCAGAAGAGUUGCCGGGUUCUGCCUGUACUCGGGAGAAGAGCUCGGUGUUUUGCCAAGUACUGGAGUCUCCUAAGGACACGCGCACCGCGGCUACCGCGGGUACAGGGAGGCGGGGACGUGACGGGCGUCGGUGCCUUCUGCGGGCGGCCGCGCCCAGGGCUUUGAGAGAAACUGCCAGAGUCUUAGCCUCGGGUCCCCGCACUCCCCCUGGGCUCUGCUGUCCUACUCCGAGCGGGUGGCGCUGGUGCUCCUUGGGGCCAGGGCUGGGGAGACGCCACGUGACGCGCACUCCGGGGACACAGCCUCGCGCUGCAGCUUAUAAUGGACUCUCUGGGGCCAUUUGCAAUAACAGCUGCAAUUCCCUGGAUAGACUGAGUUGAUUUCCUCCCUCUGCCCCUCCCCCAACCAUGCCAGCUCGCCUUUGUAAUAGAAGGAAACCGAGUAGAAAAUGUGACUCUCCAAAUGGAGAAGCUGCAGGCUUUGCCAUUGUGAAUCGUGGUAAAGUGCUUUAACACACUGUUCACUUACUCUGAGGGAUCUAAAACCGUUUUCUUGGUGUUUUAGUUUUAUAAGAUUCAAUGGCUUGUUCAUCAUCCAGAUGUGGCUAUUGACAUAUCUACGCUUCGCACCGGAGUGUUGGGAAUUGUGGCUAUCCUGAUUGUAGGAUUUUAACUUAACUGAAAUACUUGUUUUUAAUAAAUGCGUUGGGUUUUUUGUUGGGUUUAUUGUUGGGUUUUAUCUUAUACUUGCCCUCGGUGGGAAAGAUGCAGAGAACACAUUUCUGUAAUCCAUAAACCUUAAAAACACUUGAAA